AUGCGUCGUUCAACAAUUGAUUCAUUAGUACAAGAAAAUUCAACUAAUUAUACAUAUUCAAAUUCUCAAAUACAAACAAAUGUUUUAAGAUGUGCACAUUGUUUUGCACCUAAAUCAAAUGAUUUAUAUACACGAUUUUGUACGGAAUGUGGUCUAUCUUGGCAAAAACUAACUCAUAAUCCACCGGAUAAUUAUUCAACUAAUAUAUGUACAAAUUGUAAAUCUGCUAUUCCAUUUAAUUCUAACACAUGUGUUGUAUGUGAAACACCAAUAUCCAAAGAACCACAACAGCGACCAACUUCUCAAAAUCAGACAAGAAUUCUAUGUCCUCAUUGUAAAUCAACAAAUCCAAUACAUUUACGAACAUGUUAUAUUUGUGAAAAUGUAUUAAUGCCAACAUCAACACCACCUAGAGGUGAAAAACGAACUUCAAUUUCAAUUCCAACAAUAUCAAAACAAACUAAUACAAUGAUGAUAACAUGUUCAAAAUGUUUUCGUUUAAAUAAUCCUAAUGCUCGUUUUUGUGAUUGGUGUAGUGCAUAUCCUGAUCAUGCAUCUACAUCAAUACAAUGUACAAAAUGUCAUACUAAUAAUGAUUCAUUUGCAAAAUUUUGUUCAACAUGUGGAUGUGUUAUUGAACCACCAUUACGUAUUAUUGAUACACGUCUUUAA